GCAUCAUGACUUCAACCAGCCAUGCGUCUCGAACGAGCUCCAUACUACGGCGUGGGUGGAGCGCAACGCGGUCUUGGACGAACAGCUGACGCUCAUGCACACGUCGCUCCAGCCGAUCCUCAAGGGCCACGACGCGAUGUAUGUGCGCUCGAGCAGCUCGUCGGACUCGGGUUUGUCGCGCCUCAACAUGCUGCUCUCGUUGCGGGACGUUCGCCCGAGCAAGUUCCGCGAUCCCGUCGCGUGGACCAACGAGUUUGAGACGCGCUUCAAAGUCUUCCUGCAACCUUAUCUCGCCAAGUAUCCCGCGCACCUCGUCGGGGAUCUCCAGACGUUCGCGCUCGAGUUGGCGCAGCCUGCGAUGCUCCACUUCGCGAACGCCGAUCGCCCGCGCAACGCGCCCAAGUGGAACCCGCCCGGCAACCUUUCGUUCCUCGAUUUCAAGCAGCACUACAUCGCGCUCCUCAGACGCUGA